CUUACUUAUAUGCUGCCAAAUAACGAAGUAAGAGGCCCGACAAUGCGGGUCGUUCCAGAGUCUGCUGUCCCGCGCGACAUCACAGAUGACUUCACAAUCGCUGCUUCAAAACUGCGAACCGGUCAGCUGGUUAAAGAUGAAUGCUUUACGCUCUUCGAGGCCGUUGGCGCCCUUGAGAUCAUGGACUCGAAGAUGGAUAGCGGCUACCUAGGCCCCGGAGAGAAUCACGCACAGGCCCUUGAAGACGACUUCGACUUGAUGCGGGAGCUGGCUACGGAAGAGGUUCUGGGGAUCAUGGACGAGUUGUUGUGUCACGAGAUGGCAUGGCACAUGGGCCACCCUCUUUCCCAGACCCUUUUCACUUCCUUAUACCUCGAUAGGCUGCUAUGGCCCGUACCGAAAACCCUCGAAAACGCGCAUUUUGGCCGGGGACAGUCGCAAAGCAACAAGAAGGUUCCUGAUAUAGUGCAUGUUGUCCUGCGUGCUUACUGCCUCGCGCUUGUGAAGUGUUGCGAUUUUGUACAUGCGCGAGUCACCACCGAGUACUAUUUUGAGGAGGAGGACUUCGUCACUCAAUUGUAUAAUCGCACUCUACUGUCGCAAUUCGACUCCAAACAUUUUCAUGAUCUCCUGGACCACGCGAUUCGCUGGGUUGACGAACACACGGAUACGCUCGAUGAGAAGGUGGCGGAAGCCAUUCGGGCUCGCUUGCUCUUCCGACAAGAGUUUCUCUGGGGAUUGGAGCAGGAUGUGGAAGUGAUAGAGACACGAUCGACAGCGCAGUUUCUGAGCUGUCUAUCUCAUCUGGAUUUUCUAGGCAAGUCAGCUGUCCUAGGGAAAGAGGUGCCUGAAUCCUUCAGCUGCAAAAUCCAACGGAAACUAGCUAGCACUGUUCCUCCUCGUCCAAUGGUCAAGAUUAGCUUUGAGGAUGCGCUGGCGCAUUUGAGAAGGUUAUGCCAGGAUGCUGUUGAUUUGCUCGAGAUUCUUGACUACCGCGGGCCGUAUAAUUUGAAGGUGGUCAUCUGGACUCUGCUUUCGCGAAAGCCUCAGCCUUCCGUCUAUAUAAGAUCUCUUGUUCAGUCCCUCAUCGUUAGCAACAGGACGAUACUUGGAGCGGUUCCCGUGAAGCAGUUCCUCUAUGACGAACUGGAACAGAUCGUUCUUCCGUCCAGUAUACUUCUGCAAGCCAAUGCGGAUGAGAUCGAGGUGCCUUCGGAUCCACGAUUCCAAAUAGCACAGCACAUGGAUGUCUUCACGAAACGUUUCUCUCAGCCGUUUGUUGAUACGUUCCGGAGUGCCUGCUUGAACCGCUGUCGUAUCCGACGGACUGUCUGUCAUACACUUGUAGACUGGGACAAUUUGCAGAUGGAAGCCGAAGAUCUUGACGAGCAGCUUCGCGCAUUGAGCAAUGAGCCCCCUUUGCAGCUAGCCAAUGGCGAUACCACUUACUCCUACCCCCUCAGCAGCUGGGCGUACCAUCAUAAGUUGAGCCAAUUCCGUCUGAUCUUACAGCUCGGAUUCGAGCUCUCUAUUUACGCGCCUGAAGAGCUACCUGGCAUGUAUUGGUACCUGUCUCACAUCUGCUCUACCCAUCUCGGUCACAUCGAUCGAAUCCGGACCUUCACUGUGGCUACGGCGAAACGCAAUUUGGCGGAUCUGGCGGCUAAGCAGCGCGAUGCCUUCGAGCGCCAUACAAUCCUUCAGCGUUCUAUUCAACUUCUUGAGAGGAUGACUACACAGAUUGUUGCCGUGGAUGCAUUUGCCAUUUCUUUGCACGCUCUAUACGUUCUUCUGGCUCGCCAUCGGGUCCUACCGACCACUUCUUCACCCCAGGCUUACUCCAGCGACCGGUUAAGGUACGAGAUCCGCAUGAAGCCCUUUCUCCAGAUCACCUUACCGGAGCUGGUUCCUUACGACGAGUACCAUCGGGAGGCGGUGCUAGAAGGUGACAGCGAUGAUAUUGUCUUAGAGCGUGCCGCUAAAGCCAUUUCGGAAGCACGAAAGGCUUGGGAAGCCACGCUGGCCAACGGUGCAUUCAUGCACGAUUCCGAUGAGAAGGAUAGUCCCGCUCUCGCCAUCGAGGAAGACUGGAAGCGAGACAUCAAAGAUACUAUGCGGGCUUGUAUCGGUGCCAGUAUCGCGAUUGAAACCGUCAAAAAGGCCUUAAAAGCACAAGCGAAUUCGAGAAAACGCGAAGAACUCCAGGCGACCCAGUCGGUUAAUCUCCGGGUCACAAUCCCGAAAGUCGGAUCCAAAGCCCGCUGGCAUGACUGGUGGGUUGUACCGCAGGUCUCCCCAGCGACCACGCCGGGGCCUUCCAAAACAUGACGGAACCGCACCUGACUACCAGGAUGGUCCUUGUUAGCCAUGCGUCCCGACAGGCCCGAUCUGCUGAUCAAAACCCCACUCCGCAGGGUUCAGACCGUCUCCUCAGGCCCAAGGGUUGUGAAUGGACAGGCGUUCUCUGUCGAUCUAUCCAUUUCUUUGUCUCGACUUCUCUACAAAGUACAAACUGACCUAUAAUUCCCAACCCGGGGCGCCAAACACCACGGGCAAGCCAAUGAGCGAACGGUUGUCGAGCUUAUCCUUCGUUUCAAGGUCUCGGACAAGCUUCAUGUGGAGGCUUUCAAUGCAUCUCGAAGUCAUGCAAUUCGUAGUCAGAUUAAGCAUAAUGCGCAAGCGUGGGUGUUGAGCAAGAGCCGGCGGGAUUGCAACGACCAUAGACCUUUUUUUGUCCAAACCAAAUUGGAAUAGAAAUACCACGGUUUUC